UUGACCCCCAUCUUUAUGGGCUAAGAUAAUAUAUAAGUCACAGUACCGAGGAGCAGUUCUCGGUUGCAAAUGUAAUGCAUUCGGGAUUUUGUGCUCAAUCGAUUUACGCCGCUUAAUAACAUGGGUGGCUAGCGUAGCUUUGUAAAGCUUAGCAGUUUGUGUCCAAUUUUUGCAUGGGUGGUCUUGCUGCAGAGACACACUGGAUUCUGCGCGGCUGUUGAAUCCCAUAUGUUCGAAACUGCUCUUAGCGCUUCCUGGCUCGCUGGCAGGAGAAAUGACAUCUCUGGUUAAUCACUCGUUGUUGUUUUUAAACUUGUGUCACCUUAGCUCGCUUUUUGAUGAAGACUUGAGUGAGUGGUGGAGCCGCUGAGUAACCAUGGACAGUUUGUCCAGCCACAGCUCCUACCUCCUCCAGCAGCUUCAGGAGCAGAGGAUUCAGGGUCUGCUCUGUGACUGCAUGCUGGUGGUCAAAGGGGUUUGCUUCAAAGCCCACAAAAACGUCCUGGCCGCCUUCAGCUCCUAUUUCAGGUCCUUGUUCCAAAAUUCCCCCAGUCAGAAGAAUGACGUGUUCAACCUAGUUAUCCAGGAUGUCAGUGGCAUUGGCCAGAUAUUGGACUACAUGUAUACCUCCCAUCUUGAUAUUAACCAAGAUAAUGUGCAAGCACUCCUAGAUAUCGCACAGUGUUUGCAGGUUCUGAAUGUGCAGAGCAUGUGCAAUGCUUUCCUCAAGCCCUGUCCUCCACCAGUGGAAAUGCCUUCAUUUUCGCUCUCAGGCAUGUUGGGUUCAGAGCAUGACUGCCUGCUUGGAAGCAAUCUUCCUAACGAUGUUGACCUGCCCUGUCCCUCUGAAUCCCAGAGGCCUGGCUUCAGCAGUGACAUGGACCACACCAGGAGGAUGCCAAUUUCUGUGCCUAACAGCAGCUCACACUGUGAAAUGGGUAGCAGCUCUCAGGCACCAGUAGAAAAGCAGCUAGUUCAUGGGUACAAGCUCCGCAACUUCUACAGUAAGCAGUACUUUAAACAAAGUGCAAUACAGAGCAAUAGUGCAAAUUCAAGCCAGGGCCCUUCAGUGGUGGAAGAGCAGCAGUGUCAACUUGCGAUAAACCAGGCAGGCAACAGCACCCCCGUGAACUCAGGAAACACAGUUCAGCCUAAUCAGUCUUCCAUAUCAGUGAGUGUGGACAGGAACCCUGACUCUUCUCUCACACCCUCAGAUAAUCUAAACACUCCUAACCCAGACUCCUCAAUGAACAAGCCAAUGCGCCCAAAGAAGGCCGUCUACCUGAAGAAAUAUAACUAUCUUCGGUCUCAGAAGGCUUUGGAGGAGAUGUGCACUGAAUCAGUCAUUGAACCUGUCCUUAGCUGUUCAAAGGAGAGCCUUCAAGGAGAGACAGUGGUCCAGGUUCAAGCACCAGAAGCUCCUGUAGAAGAUAGCACUGCAGCCAGAGAUGAGGUUGCAGACACAGCUGCAGAUGCACAGCUUCCCAGUCCUCCACCUGUGAAUGAAGAGGAGCAAAAUCUAAAGCCUGUGCCGGAGACAGCUCAGCAAUCGGGACACAAGCAGUACUGCUGUGAGGUGUGUGGGAAGAUCUUCAAACACCCGAGCAACCUGGAGCUGCACAAGCGCUCGCAUACCGGCGAGAAGCCCUUUCAGUGCAACGUUUGUGGAAGAAACUUCUCACAGACGGAUUCUGUCUUACAGGCUGGAAAUUUACAGACACAUUUGCGGCGUCAUUCUGGGGAAAAACCAUACAUCUGUGAGCUGUGCGGGAAAAGCUUUACUGCAUCAGGGGAUGUCCAACGUCACAAAGUGGUGCACACAGGAGAGAAGCCACAUCUGUGUGACAUAUGUGGCCGAGGAUUUAACAACUUGAGCAAUCUAAAGGAGCACAAAAGGACUCACGCGACAGACAAGACGUUCACCUGUGACCAGUGUGGAAAGUCCUUCAACACGCACAGAAAGCUUCUGAAGCACAAGGCCCGGCAUGCUGGGGAAAAACCUCAUAGCUGCGCCACCUGUGGGAAGUGUUUCAUUGGCUCAGGAGACCUACAGCGUCACAUACGGUCACACACUGGUGAGAAACCUUACAUCUGUAAUACCUGUGGAAAGAGCUUCACCCGGUCUGCCAUGUUGAGAAGACAUAGCAACAUGCACUGCAAGGGGCCUCCAGUUGAGAGUCAGGUCACUGUCAACUCUGAGCAGACACAUAGCGCAGAUGGCGGCACGUCAUUACCCAAAGCUGUCAGCCACAGUAAACCUGCUGCUGCCAGUGAGCAGCAUUUCUCUGCUAUGAUGCCCCACACAGAGUUAGAGAAAUCCUCAGCGCCGGCUCCUUCGCCAUCACAAGCAACACCACAUAUAGAGACUUCACCUCCCAGCAUUCAACUGAGCCCAGGAUCUACCCCGCUUCCAGAGCUGCGCUCCCUGGUUCCCCAUCACCUCCUUUCAUCCGGCCACCAGGAAAGAACUGCAACCCUAUCUGCCACAGAUCGUACGAAGCUGGCCAAACCCCACGUAUUGCAGGAAGCGUCAUAUGGUCCGUAUGUCGAGAACGGGAACAUGCCAAUGGAUAGAGGCCCAGCGGGGAGGCCCUACCUGCCUCCUACAGACAAUUACUGCAGUUCCCUCACAGGGACAAGCAGGCCCUAUAGGUCCAGUGAAGGCCAGUUUAUCUCUAGUGUAACUCUGUGGGGCCUAGCAAUGAAAACGCUCCAGAAUGAUAACGACAUGGAGCAGUGAGCAUGUCAUGUCACACAGCAUUGCCGGAUCAGCUACCCAGUGAACUUAAGUGACUUUUACUCAACUGAAUCAUAUUUCUACCACCUGGAUCAUGAGGGACAUCAAAUCAGAAAGGACGGGGCCUUCUCUCUCGCUAGUCUGCUAAGUAGAGUAGACCGGAGAGCAGCUAGAACAGCAGCUUGCUUGAGACAAAUGAUAAGCUGAGGGGCUGUACAAGACCCAGUAUAAGAUAUUAUUCUGAACUCUAAAUCAUGCAAAACUGAGGUCUGCAAGGCACUGACGUCGCAGUGCAGCGGGAAUUUUCAGGGCUCUGUGAUUCAGUGGGAUUUAUCGUUUGAAACUAUUGUUCCAAAUCUAAACAUCCCAGGAUGCAUCAUACAUCAGCUACAUUCUUUCAUUUGGUUUGUACUGCGCUGCACUUUAAGAUGUAAAGAAAUGAGCUUGUUACUGAUUAAAUAUUUGUGCAAGAUCUCUCUGUGAUAUAUUUAUGUAAGAAUUAAAGACCUACCCUUUCUGUAUUGUAAUGUCUCAGUUUUAUUUAAAAGGAAGACAUUAACUUACACAGCAUUUUAGUUUUUCCAGUGUUCACUGUGUAGCAGGCGAGUAGCUAUAUGGGGAAGAUAUAUUAAAUUUAAAGUUUAGGGUCAGCUAAGCAAAUACUUUUUUUUUUCUUCUUCUUGUUUGUAUAAAAUGAAAUAUUAAAUUUAUCAAAAACACCACGUGGAAUAGCCUCCAUCCCACAAUUCUAAGAACAAUAAGAUCCAUUCACAUGAAUAAGCAAAUUUUAAGCUGUGCUAAUAUUACUGGAAAACUGAAUUUCUAGUGCUGUCAGCAUUAGGUUACUCAGUGUGCCACUGGAACACACAAUUCAGUUAUCAUUCACUCAUGAAUGUUUGCUUUAUGAUGUAAACUAAACACCAAUUAGCAGAUCCUCACUGUGAUGGAAUAACACUUCAGCUGCUCAAGCUUCGACUUCAAAUGAUAAAUGUUUGUAACGGCAAUGACAAAAGUCAUCCUGGUCAUCCGUCUGUUUCAUAGUCAUCUGUCCCUAUAAAUAACCCAUUAUAUAUGUGUAUAUAAUUGUUUUUAGAUUAUAAUGUCAACUGUAAAAUUUGUGUAUAACUAAGCUCUGCCCAAGUAGAAAUGUAUAAAGGUGCUUCAUCCACAGCAGCAGCUUUACUAUGCAGCAAAAGCCUGCAGUUGCAAGGUGCAAUGCUUAAAGAGGACAACAGAGGGAGCUGUAAGAUAUAUAACACCGGUGUUCUGAGAAACCAUCCUACUCUGACAAAUCGUCCUACCUGUUUUAUAAUUUUACGGUGACUUGUGACUAAACCUAACCCUACCCC